ACCGGAUCUAUCUUUCUUUCCCAUUCACCUUCUCAGCUGCCAAUCAUAUCACCGUUUGUCUGUUCUUCCUACUGACUGAUUGAUUAUAAACAAUUCGAAUCGUACUUGGAGCUAUCUUCAUGUUUCUUUUCAAUCCCUCAAAAUUCCGCCAAUCAAUCAAUAGACCGUCUGAAACUCGGAGCUCAACAUUCACAGAUUGAGGGGAAGGAAACCCAAGACAUAAUAUAUAGAUGGGGAAGACGACGAGGAAUUUGCAAGUGGUUUCGCCUGUUCCGGCAGAUAUAGAUAUUGCAAACUCUGUGGAGCCUCUUCAUAUCUCUGAGAUUGCCCAGGAACUCAAUCUCGCCACAGAACACUACGAUCUCUACGGCAAGUAUAAAGCCAAGGUCCUUUUGUCUGCCCUUGAUUCGAUUGGAGGAGGUCAAGAUGGGUAUUAUGUGGUAGUUGGUGGGAUAACUCCAACCCCUCUUGGAGAAGGAAAGUCCACUACUACCGUUGGCCUUUGUCAAGCAUUGGGUGCUUUUCUUGAUAAAAAGGUUGUGACGUGCCUCCGCCAACCAUCACAAGGACCAACUUUUGGAAUCAAGGGCGGGGCAGCAGGUGGUGGCUAUAGCCAAGUGAUUCCAAUGGACGAGUUCAACCUUCACUUAACAGGGGAUAUCCAUGCAAUAACCGCAUCAAACAACCUUUUAGCAGCUGCUAUUGAUACCAGGAUCUUCCAUGAAUCGACCCAGUCCGACAAAGCACUUUUCAACCGGUUAUGUCCCCCCGACAAGAAUGGAAACCGAAGAUUCAGCGAUGUCAUGCUUAGGCGUUUGAAGACACUCGGCAUUGACAAGACUAAUCCCGACGAGCUUACCUCAGAAGAAGUCACAAAGUUUUCGAGAUUGGACAUUGAUCCUUCAUCCAUAACAUGGAGGAGAGUUAUGGAUGUUAAUGACCGCUUCUUAAGAAAGAUUACAAUUGGGCAGGGUCCCGAAGAAAAGGGUAUGGUGAGAGAGACAGGGUUUGAUAUUUCUGUAGCUAGUGAAGUAAUGGCAGUUUUAGCACUCACGACGUCCCUAGCCGAUAUGAGGGAAAGGCUGGGUAAAAUGGUAAUUGGGAACAGCAAGGCCGGCUAUCCUAUCACAGCAGAUGAUCUCGGCGUCGGGGGUGCUUUGACGGUCUUGAUGAAAGAUGCAAUCAACCCCACCCUCAUGCAGACUCUCGAGGGUACACCUGUCCUUGUCCACGCGGGGCCGUUUGCAAAUAUUGCGCAUGGGAACUCAUCCAUAGUUGCCGAUAAGAUUGCAUUGAAGCUCGUAGGACCCGGAGGUUUCGUGGUGACCGAGGCAGGAUUCGGUUCCGAUAUCGGGACAGAGAAGUUUAUGAACAUAAAGUGUAGAUAUAGUGGCUUGAAACCUCAAUGUGCUAUCAUUGUUGCAACGGUGAGGGCCCUCAAGAUGCAUGGUGGUGGGCCAGAAGUGGCAGCGGGAAAGCCUCUCGACCGUGCUUAUGUGAGCGAGAAUGUUACACUUGUUGAGGCGGGAUGUGUCAAUCUUGCCAAACAUAUUUCUAACACAAAAGCUUAUGGUGUAAAUGUUGUUGUGGCUGUGAAUGCAUUCUCAACAGAUACUGAAGCGGAAUUGAAUGAAGUUAGGAAGGCUUCAAUGGCGGCAGGGGCGUUUGAUGCUGUAAUUUGUACCCAUCAUGCGCAUGGUGGGAAAGGAGCGGUUGACCUAGGCAUUGCAGUUGAAAAGGCAUGCAAAAAUGUUUCGCAACCUUUCAAAUUCCUGUACCCUCUGGAUAUAGGUAUCAAAGAUAAAAUUGAGGCAAUAGCAAAGUCAUAUGGCGCUAGUGGUGUUGACUACUCUGAACAGGCUGAAAAACAGAUAGAGAUGUACAAUAAGCAAGGGUUUUCCAGCCUCCCAAUUUGCAUGGCCAAAACACAGUAUUCAUUUUCACAUGAUGCUAAAGAAAAAGGAGCUCCAAGUGGGUUUGUUCUUCCAAUCAGAGACAUAAGGGCGAGCAUAGGGGCGGGAUUCAUCUAUCCAUUAGUUGGGACAAUGAGUACCAUGCCCGGGCUCCCUACAAGGCCUUGCUUCUAUGAGAUUGACCUUGACACUACCACUGGAAGAGUUGUUGGUCUCUCUUGAAUUAACAUUUUUGACAAGGUAAAUUCAGGGUCCAUUUGGUAAUGGUGAUUUGGAUGAGAUGGUUGAAUCUAUCCAAUUUUCUGAUAAAAUCUAUUUGAGCUACAUAAAUCAAAAGCCAGUUAUUCCCUGGCUUUUUAUGAUGAUGAUGAGCAGCAGAACAAAGCAAAAGCUGCUAAUACACGUAGCCUUCGUGUUGAAUAAAAGCUGCACUACCCAUUCUGCCACAUACUUUUGCAUCAAUCAAAGACACACUUUAUCAUUACGAUACGCUUUAGUCUUUGGAUAUGUCAUAUGUGGCCUUUAAUUCUGCAAAGUUUAUCGCAAAAGUUUUUUUUUAUUCCCCCCCCCCCCCCCACACACACGAAAAGAAUGGCAUUUCUUUUAUGAUCAAAGAACAAAUGUUUAAAGCCUUGUGUGAUCUAUAGUAAUGGCAUUGGUGAGAUUUUAGACAAAAGCAACGAGUUCAUACUCAAUGGCAUGCACAUGUUUCUUAUUAUUGAAAGGCUAUAUAUGCCUACCCACAUGGUUUGUACUUCAUAAAUUAUUUACGUUUAGGAUAAUUUUGUCUCAAAACCAUGCCCCCCCCCCCCCCCAAAAAAAAAAAAAAAAAAAAUAGCACUGUGUGGGAAGGGAACUGGGUAUUAUCUCCACAUUCCGAUAAAUGAGUUAAAGUCUUAUUUUCUUUAACACAUGUUAUUUCGCUGGUUUGGUCAUGGAUCUCAUUACAAAUUUACAACAUUACACUACACAACAAGUAUUCUUAGUCAUUUUUCCUAGCACUUUGUUCUGUACGGGUGAGCACAAAUCUCAAUCCCAGUUCCGGCAAUUGUCUUAUUCUGUUGAGGUAAUGUUUUGUGUGUGUGUCACAGCUUGUAUAUAAAUGGAACCAAAUCAAAACUAUUGAUAACUGUCAUGUUCAGUCGUGUUGUUCCCUUUGAAUUGCUUAAGCAAUUGGCUCUGGUAUUUCUUCAAGAUCUCACAUUCUCACACAAUCCACUAUUAGCAGCUUUUUAUAUUGCAAAUGAGGUGGAAGUUAUCACAUUUUCUCCUAUAGGUAGUCCAAAAAAAUUAUCUAGCAGCCAAAUCAGUACUGUACUACUGUGUGAAAAGAGGGGAAGAUAAAGGCUGUGUUUGGUACUAAUGCCAUCGACAAGAAAUAUAAAUUUUAAAGGGAUUACUCAUAAUAGGAGUACAACGUGUCAACAUGGAUUAAAUUUAAAGGUAGGAGUAAAUGUGUUUUGUUCUCAAAGGAUGUUUUCUUUUGGACUGAAAUUUGUUGGUCUGGUCUGAUCUGGUCUGGUCUGUUUAAGUCUAGUCUGGUCUGGUCUGGUAAACGUCUGGUCUCUGUGUAUUUUAUAAUUAUCCAAGUCUAGUCUGGUCUGGUCUGUUUAAGUCUGGUCUGUUUAAGUCUGGUCUGAUCUGAUCUGGUCUGGUCUGGGACUGAAAAUAGUCCAAAAGAAAACAUCCUAAGACCUGUUUUUAGUCUUAAUACAAGAAUAAAACCCAUUAAAAACGCUCAAAGCAGCAUAAUAGGCCGUUAACGAGUUUCCAUGUGAAAUUGCCAAUGUGGCAAUACACAUGGCGCUAAAAUUCCAUGUAAGAUUGAAUACUAGAGAGCAUAUCUCGUCAGGCGUGCCUGACUAUAAGUCAUGUCCAGUCAAACUCGCUUGAGGUGUUUCCGAGUUUUUUGAUAAAAUUUUGUAAGCAUAUUUUCUUUAUUAAGUUUAAAUUGUGACUACAAAUUUUCAACUUACGUUUUCAAAAUUGGAAUGAGCUCACAUUUUCUUCUAUAUAUACAUAUGAGUCUUCUCCCAUUGUAAUUAACACAACAUUAACAACUCUAUCAAUAUUAUACUUAAUAUUUACUUUCUCUCCCAACUUUUCUGCUUAUUCCAUUCCAUUUCAUAACACGCUAUUAGCACAGAUUUUCUUCAAAUCCUUGAAAUCAUCAUCUUCCCGCAGAUAAGGAGUUAAGCUAUAUUCUUCCAAGUGACAUUGAAUAAUGUUUAAUAGAAAGUGGAACAAUGCAC